UGUGACCCUAUGGGCUUCCAAAGGAUGGACCAAGGGGCACCAGAAACUCCACCUCCCAGGUCAAAAGCAAAGACUUUGACCCUGUUGCCCAGCACAGGGUACAGCUGCAAGCUCUGGACACUCAGACCUUGGACUGUGAGGCUCCAAACAAGCUACACUGCACCAGGGGCUCUGCUGAAGUCUCCAAAACCUAUAGAGGCUGCCUGGAGAACUCUGCAGAGCCCAGAGCCAUGCGCAUUGCUGUCAUUGGGGCUGGAGUGAUCGGCCUGUCCACCGCCCUGUGCAUCCAUGACCGCUUCCAUGCGCUGGUGCCCCAGCUGCAGCUGGAGGUCUAUGCCGACCGCUUCACGCCGCACACCACCAGCGAUGGGGCUGCAGGCCUGUGGCAGCCCUACCUGAGUGACCACGGCAACCUGCAGGAGACGCUGUGGAACAAGGAGACCUUUGAGCACCUCCUGGGGUACCUCAACUCACCAGAAGCAAAGGAAAUGGGACUGUUCCUGAUUUCUGGAUAUAACCUGUUUAAGCAGCCUGUACCGGAUCCAUCUUGGAAGAACAUUGUCCUUGGCUUCAGGAACUUGACACCGAAAGAGCUUGAACUCUUUCCUGGCUACAGCUAUGGCUGGUUCAACACGGCGCUGAUGCUGGAGUGCAGGAGCUAUUUGCCCUGGCUGACCAACAGGCUGGCGCAGAGAGGCGUGAAGUUCUUCCACAGGAAGGUUGAGUCCUUCGAGGAGAUGUUUUCCCAGGGAAUUGAUGUUGUCAUAAAUUGCACUGGGAUCCGUGCUGGGGAGCUGCAGCCAGACCCUGCUCUGCAGCCUGCCCGUGGGCAAGUCAUCAAGGUCCUGGCCCCAUGGGUGAAGCACUUCAUUAUCACUCAUGACAUGGAGUCAGGGAUCUACAGCUCACCCUAUGUCAUCCCGGGGAGUGAGUUCACAGUUCUGGGAGGCAUCUACCAGCAAGGCAACUGGAACGAAGAGAACAGUGCUCAGGACCACAAGUCCAUCUGGGAGAGGUGCUGCAGGCUGCUGCCCACGCUUCAGAAAGCAGAGAUUGUGCAGGAGUGGAGUGGCCUGAGACCAGCACGUCCCAGUGUCCGCCUGGAGCGGGAGAGCAUUGGCCAUGGGCGUUCGAGGACAGAGGUCAUACACAACUACGGCCACGGUGGCUUUGGGAUCACCAUCCACUGGGGCUGUGCCAUGGCCGCAGCCCGGCUGCUCGGGAACAUCCUGCAAGAGAAGCAGCCCCAGUCCCGCCUGCUCUGAAUUCUGACUCCCUGCAAAGACAAAUUUCUGACAAACAAGACAAACUUAUCCUCACCUGAACUCUGUUGCAUUCUCCACCAAGAGCAGGGAUCAUCAGCCUCCACGGACUGGUUACGUCUGAAGGAAUGAAGUUCCUCUUCUCAGGAAGAUUGUGGUUUAGCUCUUCCCAGGAUUUUUGUUUCUGACACGAUGCCAGCUACAUUCCUUUGUCACCUGCUUACCACUGCAGUCAUGCAAUCUGCAGCUAUUGAGAAGUCCAGUCCAGCUGUCAGGAGACCAGCUUCUGUUGGGAGACACUCCAAACAGGCACCUUCCAAACUGUUCCAUGUAGCCGUUCAGACUGAGGCACCUUCACCAAACAUUCUGGGUACACCACUGCAGGAACACACUUAGGCAAAUUGAGCAGAAACAGACCUGAGCCCAUGCAGAAAACCACAGCGUGCAUCUCCAUGCACAAAGAGACACCAGCACAGCUGAAGCAGUCUUCACCACGCAACACAGUGCUCAAUGUUCCUGGCAAUGGUAGAAAAAUCAAAUUCUGCUCCAAAGCAUCAAGAGUUACAGAGUACAUACACCUCUCAUAUGAGAUCCCAUCUCUGCAGCAAACACCACUCCUCACCAAUUCAAACUACCUGCCUCGAGUGGGAGAAGCAUUCAGGAAAUAGAUUCCAAGCAAUCUCCCUCACAGUGCCUGUUAAUUCUCAAGGAGCAGAACCCGUAAGCAAGGGUAUAGUAAGCAUUGGUUGGUUUGCUGUUACUGCAUUGUUGUUGUUGAUGAUGGCUAAAAAGUGCAAGGCAGGCAUCUAGUUCGUAAAACCUAUUUUGUAGUGUAUGGAAUCCACCAUAUGCUAUACCAAGUACACAAUAAAUAUUAAUCUUUUGUUUUUAGGCAUCAAGAGUACAUUAUUUUAAUUACAGCUUAUACCGAGUGGCAUUCAGUUAAUUAUCUGCUUGACACGGGACAUUGUAAGCUGAGUAGCUGACCAUGCAAGCACAACAGACUUAAGAAAAACCCUUCCUGCUAAAAUUCAAACGACAUCUGGAUCAAAUGCCUUUGAACAUGGAAGUGAAGUCUUUAUGUGUGUGAGCAAAGAGCAGUAGUGACACAAUUUACUGAGGUUCAACCCAAAAGUUCCUGCAGUUUGACACAUGACGUUGGCAGUGACAGAAUGGUCUGCUUUCUAUGCUUCAGAGUUGGCCUUUUUGGGAACUUAUCUUGCUUAUUUCAUCCAUUCCUUCAGCAGGAUUUCAUGUCUCAUCACUCCUGUGACCCAGAGUUAGACCUGGUGACUCCUGGGGAAUGAGAUCCUCUCCCAACCAUCUCCUGUCCCCAUUCUCUGUGGCUGGACUCCUGUAAGCCACGACCUUUUGUUUCAAUGGGCAAGAAGAAGGAAGCCACAGCAGCCAGCAGGCAACAUCCACUGUAAACAGCCAGUGUUAAAUAGACUGAAGAUUCCAACAUCACCUGCAGAAAAUACAAAAUAUUACCACCAGGAGGAAUUUUAGGGCUGCAUACUUUUCUUUCCUCAAAGACUACAGUCAUAAGUUUUCUACUUGGCUUUUUGCAGAGCAGCAGUUCCUGACACAGCCUUCUGUGUCCUGUCCCACAGAGCCUGGCUCUCCCAGACCUCCUGCCUAGCAUUCCACGUGUGCUGCAGGUUCACAUUCCCUAGAACUUGAGGUCUCAAAGGAAAAGCAGCACUGCACAACCCACAGAAACCUGUAAGCUCCUCACAGAUCCCAUCUCCUAGAUGGGUGCCUUCCGAGGAGCCCCCACAUCCAUCCAGCAGCCUGCUCUGUAGUUAUUUAUCUCCCAUCAUAAGACCCUUGAAAUAAGAGAUGAGCCUGAACUCUCUUCAGGGACUGGGCGACAACUAUCCUUCAACAUAUCACGCACAGACUGACCUUGGUGUGGCCCUUACAGAGAGGAGGCAGGUUCUCCAUCACCUUCCUAGGCCAUCAGUACUGAGGGAAGGGUUUUUACCUGUGCAAUGAAUGGUGUUAUGAGGGCUCCCACUCUGGCCAUUCCACUGCACGUUCCCAGGCCCAAAGCACGUGUGGCUGUUGGGUAAACCUGUGGAGAAAGCACCAGCCCAUUAACUCAAGUGAGCAGCUCCCUUCCAACCUCCUUAAUCAAUGGAAAUAGCACUGCAACGAGUUCUGCAAGACAACACUGAGAUCAUGAACUCACAUCUGGGGUUUGGUCCACUGUGAAGAGGUCAUAAAAAUGACUUUCCCACCACGCUCUCAGUCCCCUUAAAUAGUCUCAUUACAAAACCAGCCUCCUUACCUCUGGAGUGUAAACAUAAGCAGCCUGAAAUCCUCCUGAAAUAAAAGCUCUUGCAAUGAAGAGCAGCACAGUAAGAACAUUUCUGUGAGAAUAAAAAGGAGAGCAGUGUUUGGGAUUGUUCUGUACAAUCUGUUUGUUUAACUUGGAGGCACGUGCAAUUAAAAAAAUGUUAAUUUCAUUACAA